AUGCCGCCUGCGUUCGCCAGGUCCAGCUCGGCGUUCAGCGCCUUUCCAAUGAAGACGUACAGCACGCUGGAGUGCGGCUCUCAGCGUCAGAUGCAUGAUAUGCUGCGACACACUGUAGAGCGGCUGUGGUACCCGUUCACGCAGGGCCAUCGAGGAGCAGACCUCAAUACUUACCGCUUUCGCGAGCACAUUGCAAGCCUCUGUUGUCCUGGUAAUGCCUUCACCUGCCAGGUAAACGGGCAUCUAGGUGGCACGCGCGUGUUAGAGGACUUCUUCGCCACAGUACUGAGUGGGUUCGAUAUUAUUCACGCCUCUGUGGAUGGAUCACGUGGGGAUUCGCUCUCGAAUCCAGCUGAUAUGUGUAACUACACAGGCUACUACGUGCUGGCUCACACUCGCCCUUUUCUGGGGUGGAUGCCGUCACUCACAUCGUUGCGCGGCGCAACUCACACCUCCGUAUUACCGGAGGUGGCUAUCUGCAACAGUAUCGAGUGCAGCUUCAACGGCGCAGCACCAGAAACGACGUCGCGCUCGGCUUUUCUACUAAAGGAUGUCGACGAGGCCGAGGACACGAACGCGGCGGUGACAAUCGGCGGCGAGCUCAAUGCGGAAGCGGGGCAGGCCAAUGCAUCGUCUACCGUCUGCACACUCGUCGUACCCUUCACCAUGUACGUGGAGGGAUUGGUCGAUCGAAACCGCCUCUCGCAUAUGGUUUUGCGGACCCCCGUGAUGGAGCUGCUGCGUACUCGCCUCGAGUGCCCAGAAGCGGUGCAGGAGUGCCUGGGGAGUUGUGAGGCACUCAAAAUGUUCGCCACGCUGCGUCGUGCCGGUGUGAAACCGGAGCUCAUCACUGCCAAGACCCUCUUAAGUGUGUCGAAGCAAAAUGCGACGUGGAUGUCGGCUCUUGGCAUUCAAUAG